AUGAAAGGCAAUUUUGUUAUGGAGGGAGCGGAUGUACAUGUUCAUUUUAAACACUGCUGGUGGCGUAUAUUACUUAUUCUAUGUGCAAUAGGUGCUUUUAUCACUACUUGUGUUUUCAAUGGUUUAGCAAGUAGCGGUCCUAAUGGUAUAUUUAAGCAACGAACUGGUAGUGUGAGUGAUCAAAAUCUAACUGAAUUUACACCAGCUGGUUGGACAUUUGCAAUAUGGGGUGUAAUUUAUUUCUGGCAAGCAGCAUGGUUACUCUAUGCUUUAAGUCGAAUACCUCGAAAAUCAAAUACUGGUUAUUUAUAUAUUUCACCAAAUACACUUCAUUUCAUUAUAUUUAUAUUAUAUAUAUUAAAUAUGGGUUUAAAUAUAGGAUGGCUUAUUAUUUGGGAUCGUGGCUCUUUUGGUUGGUCAUUAUUAGUCAUUUUCCUGAUGUUUCUUACGAUUAUUAUUCCAAUGAUUAUAACACACAUACUGCUACAACGCAAUCGACCACUUUACAUAAAUUCUAAUCGUAAUGCGGAUAUAUGGCUUGUACGUGCAUUUGUACAUAAUGGUUUUGCUAUUUAUGGCACAUGGUUAUAUCUGGCAAUGUUACUUAAUUUAACCAUUUGGAUAUCACAAAUAUAUAAAGAUACUCAAUCAAUAACUAAUGCAUCUACAGCUGCACUUAGUCUUGUUCUUGUUGGUAUAAUAAUUUAUUUCAUUAGUGAAAAUUUUAUUUUCUAUUCAUCAAUGGCUUAUACAUACACACCAUGGUUUGUUCUUAUAUUUGCUCUUUGUGGUAUUCUAUCGAAAAAUUCUAAUCGAACAGAUAUUCCCGAUAGAAACAAAUCAUUUACACUUGCAUUAUUAAUUAUUUGUGGUGUAUUAUUUGUUAUCCGUGUUAUAUUGUUUGUAAUACGGUAUAUGAAAAGAAAAAUUCCAACAAUUCGUGAUCCUUAA